AUGUACAUUUCUGGAGCAGAAGAAAAUGCCUUGCAGGACACUCCGGCAUUUGGCAGUGCGCACGUCUCUGAAAAAAGAACAUUUCUCUACAACGGCGAAACCGUGUGGGUUGAGGGGGUUUUUGAUGGCGUAAAAAUAUCUACGUACAGCUCUGGGCCCUUGAAGUCUUAUCUAGACAACAUAAAUGAUGCACACUGCGCUAAUGCAAAAAUAAAUGAGACCAAUAAAGACGCUGAAAAAUCUGCAGCAAGUGGCCUAUCGAGAGAAAGCGCGCAGAUUGCUGAGGGACAGGAGCGCAGAUCGUCUGAAUACAUCAGUGGAAACAGAGCCUACUACAUUCCCUGCGAUGCGGAGUGCAUUCAGUUCGACUACCUGGAGUUUUCAAAGACCUCAGACUGCUCUGAGACAUAUUGUCUUUCAAAUGUAAUUAACAACGCAGAAGAAGUCAUUCUGAAGACAGAAAUAUACAAGGUAGUUCCUCCUGUCCAGGUAAUUGAGAAGAUACAAGGGAACUAUCUUAUUGUGACCGUUAUCCCGGACAAAUCGCUGUCGCACGAAGCACACUCCAAGUCAAUUGUGAGCAUAAAUGGAGUGCGAAUGGUGUUUAAAAACUCUUCAUACAAACUAAAGCUUCUGAAAAUACCUGAUUGGAGCCAGCCCGUGCGCAUUUCUGUGGACUUUGAGCAGGUGCACUACUCGAGGCCGUCUUCACUCUCUCUCCCCGCAGAUUUUAUGUAUUCUAUUGGUCUGAAAAGGGUGGAUGAAAAAUACUUUGUAAAGCUGACUCUGUGCAGACUGCUAGCUAUAUCGUACCAUAUUGUGAUUUUGAACCCUCUUCUGCAAAGCUCUGAAGAAGAAAGAGCAAAAGAUAGCACAGAAGAACCUGAUCAUACAGAAAAAACACCAAAAAACAAUUCAAUAAUAAAGCUGUCAUCUGAGCACUCGGUGGAUAUUUCCGUGCUAGAUCUGGAAGUAGGCUCUUCUGCUUCUGAAAUCACAAUAGACUCUCCAGACGCAGUUACUGAGCUUCUUUUAGAGGUGAGAAAAAAGAAGAACUCUGGCAAGGUGCAUCUGUUUGCCAUCAAAGUAAAUGAUUAUCCGAUUGAGUUCUGUAUAAAAAUGUAA